AUGUCCCCUAUCAUCCUCUUCCUAUCAGCUGCCUACCUACAGUCGGGAAUCGCAAAGUUUAUUGAAGAAGAAAAGAAACCAAUUUACUUGAGCGCGCAUGUUGGGGAGUCAGUUGUCUUCAGCUGUGACUUAGACUUCCCUCAAGGCGUAAUCAUACCUUACAUCCUCUACUACUACAAAGAGGGAGAAAGGGUAGUGUCCCUCCAGGACGGGGACACGGAGACUGGAAGAGACUUCAUCGGAAGGGCCUCCAUCCAGACCGACGGCAGCAGGGCCCGCCUCACCCUCUCCGGCCUCCGGGAGACCGACCACGGAUGGUUCGAGUGUCGCCUCUUCUUCCCCAACAGGACGCCCACCACCAGGCUCAACGGCACCUGGUACCACCUCACUGUCCAUGGAAGGGAGCUGCUGAGCAUGCCGCCGAAGAACGAGACAGUGCUGGAGGGGGAGGCGGUGCGGCUGGAGUGCAGCACGAGGGAGCCCGGGGCCAGGGUGACCUGGUACAAGGACGGGUCGCUGCUGGAGCCGGGGUCCGCCAGGGUGUCCCCGGGGGGCGCCCUGGUCUUCCAGUCCGCGGGGGUCGCCGACCCCGGCCUCUACACCUGUCAGGUCAUCUCGCCGGCCGGCAGGAGCCAAUCCGCCUCCGCCUACCUCGACGUCAGGUAUAAGGCUCGAGUUGUUUAUACUGAAAAAGAAGUAUAUCUGCCGUUUGGUAGGCCAGGAAUAUUAGACUGCCACUUUUCUGCCAACCCGCCACUUACAAAACUUAGGUGGGAAAAAGAUGGAUUCUUAUUUGACCCUUUCAAUGUACCAGGUGUCUUCUCCAAAAGAAAUGGAUCCCUGUAUUUUAAUAAAGUGGAUGAAACCCAUGGAGGUGAAUACACUUGCACACCUUAUAACGACCUUGGAACUCUGGGUCCUUCACCAAGGAUCCGGGUAGUUGUCCAACACCCUCCCGUCUUCACCUUGACACCACAUAACAUGUACUUGCGGAGGACUGGUGACAGCAUCUUAAUGCCCUGUGAUGCACUCGAUGGUGACUCCGCACACAGGCCUACAAUCCUUUGGUUCAAGAAAGAUGGUAGCCCAUUACCAGAUCGAGCAACAGUUUCUGGUGGCAACCUGACCAUUAUCAACAUUAACGAGAGUGACCGCGGGAUGUACCAGUGUGUGGCCUCUAAUGAGGCUGCAACCAUCUCUACAGACACUGAGCUACUCAUCGAGGGCAGUGCUCCUAGGGGACCGUACAACCUAACAGGCAAUGUCACCUACACAUCAGUCACGCUCAGCUGGAGGCCAGCCACUCCUGCGACAUCUGACCAGUACAGCGUCUGGGUCCGUGCUGCUGACGGUGCAGAGUGGAGAACAGUCAAAGUAUCCGGUGACCGUGCGACGAUAACAUCAUUGGAUCCAGGGAGAGAAUAUGAGUUCAUGGUGCUUGUUCAAGAUCAUAAUGGGGACGGAAUGUUUUCAAAACCUAUCAAACUAAAAACAAAAGGAAAACCAGUAGAAGUUCAGGGUAGCACACCAACAGCUUCUCAAAGCAUAAUGGAUGGUGACAAACCGCAAAAAGUAAGAGUGACGCCGACUGAAGGAGGAUACCUUUUAGAAUGGGAGCCUCCAACUUCAGGCCAAGUGGAAUACUACAGGCUCGCCUGGGCACAAGGCUCAUUGGAUUCUUUACCGGUCAUAAUAGAUACAACGCACCCUUCUUACUUAGUUGGUGAUCUACAAGAAGGUGGAGUAUACCAUUUUCAAGUGAAAGCUGUAACAGUAAACAACAAAGAGACCACCAGUGAUACAUUUAUUCUUCACGUUCCUGUUUACCAAACCGCGUCCGUUCCAUACAUCUUUGCUGGAUUUGUUGGUUUCAUACUUGCUGCUGCCCUAAUUUGUGCAUACACCAACAGAUUAUACUUUCAGAGAAAAAUUGAAGGAUUGAAAUCUAGGCACUGA